ACAUCUUUUCAUGAGAAACUAAUGGUUGAAAGGAUGCAGAACCACAGAUUUCAAGACACUUUCCCUCGCUCUUCUUCCCAUUUCCUCUGGGAAAGAAUGCAUGGGUUCUUCUUUGCCCUGGUUACAUGCACGAUGUGUGCCUCUGCUUUCAAGCUCCAGCAAGGAAAAAGCACAGAAAACUGCCCAGAUCACACCAUGUUUUUCCAAUACUACUAUGAACUGCACGGAGAACCUGUGGUUCUGAAAUGCCCUUCCCCCAGAUACAAACAUGUGGAUUUUUCUGCCUUGACACAUAAUAUCACAUGGUACAAAAAUGAUUCAAAAACCAUGAUAUUAGGAAGAGAUGAAGAUCCAAGAAUCUGGGCAAAAGGAGACGCGCUCUGGUUUUUGCCAGCAAGGCAAGAAGACUCAGGAGUGUAUAUCUGUACCAGAAGGAACAACUCCUACUGUGCCGAGGUGUCCAUCCAGCUCACGGUCGUGCAGAAGGCAGCUGCUCGGGACAUCGCCUAUCCCCAGAUCCUCUUCACUUUCACUUCUGGAAAGAUCGUUUGCCCCAAUCUGUGGGAGUUUACAAUAAACAGGACAAACAUGGAGCUCCAGUGGUACAAGGAUGCUCUGCUUUUGGAAGACGACAGUGAAAAAUUUGUAUUUCUGAAAGAGUCGUCUUCCCUGUUCUUCACUUCUGUGUUACCGACAGACUCCGGCUACUACACCUGCAAGAUGGCUUUUCCAUAUGAAGGUGUCACAUAUGAAAUCACCAGAACAAUUAAACUGCAGACUGUUGAACAAGAAAAGAGAAUUACCCCCAUAAUUGUAUAUCCAACUCAGAAGACAACAACAGCUGCUCUUGGCUCCAAGAUGACUCUCCCAUGUAAAGUAUUUGCUGGACCGAACAGCAAGGUCUAUACUGACGUGGAAUGGUUAGCGAAUGAUACCACGAUCGAUAUGGUUUACAAGCAAAACAGAGUUAUGGAGGGGGAGCGACAAGAAACCACAGAAAAUGGUGAGAACUUCAUUGAAGUGCCACUGAUUUUUAAAUCCGUGGAAGAAGUGGAUUUUUACACAGAUUUUAAGUGUCUGGCCCAGAACAGAUAUGGAUCUCAAGUACUGCCAACACGGGUCAAGCAGGAAGCUGUCGGCUUGCCCUGGUACAUUGCAACAAUUCCAGUCGCAUUGGCCUGUGUCAUCCUGGCAGGAAUAUGCAUACAAAAGCGCUGGAAGCAGAGAACUGAUAAAGGAUACACAAUCGCAAAGGUUUAAGAUCUGCUUUAUUCUCCACUGCCAACAGUGAAAAAUUCAUCCUGGCUAUCUUUCAUGUGAGACACAGUGAGACACAGAGAAACAUUUUGGACCUGACACACUUCUUUCCCAGCAGAUGGAUGUAUACCAGCUUUUUUCUUCUUCUCCAUGUCUUCCAUGAUUUGAUUAAGUUAGAAAUAUUUUUGCAUAAAACACUGCUUAGAAACAGGGAACCCACUUCUAUUGUUUUACAGCUAGGUUGUGACUUACAGCAUUUUGAAAUACAGUAUCCCACAUACAUGCCCUUGUUAUGAGACAGAUAAGGAAAGUUAGAUUAUCUUCUCCUUUGUAAUUCCAAUAGUUUUAUCCUUUGGGGGGGGAGAGAGAGAGAAAGGGUGUAGAAAAAUCUGAGAACCUUAAAAAAAAUCAUACAAAAAACCCAGUUCAGUUCAAUUUCAGUUUUGGGCACCCCAAUACAGAAAGGACAUUGAGGUGCUGGAGCAGAUACAAAGAAGGGCAACAAGACUUGUGAAGGGCUUGGAGAAUAUGCCCUGCGAGGAGAGACUGAAGGAGCUGGGGCUAUUUAGUCUGGGGAAAAGGAGGCUGAGGGGAGACCUUAUUGCUCUCUUCCAGUAUCUGAAAGGUGCUUACAGCAGAGCGGGGCUGGUCUCUUCUCACUGUUGACAGGUGACAGGACAAGGGGAAAUGGCCUCAAGUUGCGCCAGGGUAAGUUUAGGUUGGAUAUCAGGAAACACUUCUUUACAGAAAGGGUUGUUAAGCACUGGGUUGAAUAGGCUCCCCAGGGAGGUGGUUGAGUCACCAUCCCUGGAUGUGUUUAAAAACCAUUUGGAUGUGGUGGUCAGAGACAUGAUUUAGAGGAGGGUUGUUAGAGUUAGGGUAGUUUGGUUGGGUUGUGGUUGGACUUGGUGAUCUUUAAGGUCUUUUCCAACCUGAGCUAUUCUAUGAUCCUGUGAUUCUAUGAAACAAUAAGAAAGCUUUCUCCAAAAGGGCUAUUCUGCACCAGUGUGAAAAUGUAGUUUCCUUCUGCACCCAAACUCACUUUAUUUUUGUUUUAAAAAGCCAGUCUUUCCUUUUUUUUCCAGAGCCUAAUCCAGUUGUCAUGUCAACUGUAAAUCUAUGAACUUUUCCAGAGAAAAUAAAAUUUUAUUUUUUUUACCA